AUGGAACGUCUCAAAAAGUUCCUUCUCAAUCGCUUCCGCAUCAAAGAUCUUGGAGAUUUGAAAUAUUUUCUGGGCAUUGAAUUCUCUCGUUCCAAGAAAGGUAUUUUCAUGUCUCAAAGAAAGUAUGCACUUGAUAUUUUGCAGGAUUCAGAACUUUUAGGCGCAUGCCCAGACAAGUUCCCAAUGGAACAGAAUUUGAAACUCACUCCCACAGAUGGAGAAUUACUGAAUGAUCCAACCAAAUACAGGAGACUGGUUGGCCGAUUGAUCUACCUUACUGUCACAAGGCUUGAUAUAGUCUAUCCUGUUCGAACACUAAGUCAAUUCAUGCAUCAGCCUCGCAGACCUCAUUGGGAUGCUGCCAUACGGGUCCUUAAAUACCUCAAGGGGACUCCAGGUCAGGGUUUGUUAUUUUCUGCCACCAACAAUCUUACAUUAAAAGCUUCUUGUGAUUCAGACUGGGGAGGUUGUCGUGCGACAAGGAGAUCAGUUACAGGAUACUGUAUUUUUCUUCGCAAUUCACUCAUCUCAUGGAAAUCCAAGAAACAAACCAAUGUUUCAAGAUCAUCAGCAGAAGCUGAAUAUCGAGCUAUGGCCAACACAUGUUUGGAGCUGACUUGGUUACGCUUUAUACUACAGGAUUUAAAAGUCCCACAGAUAGCUCCUGCACCAUUGUUUUGUGAUAAUUAG